AAAACAAAUUCAUGCGUGUAGAGUCAGUCUGUUGUUAGCUUCCGUGCAUAAAAGUUUAAAAGAGGAUUCUGUCGAUUUUCAUCCUUCAGAAAACAGAUGCAUGCUGUGAGUUGACGGGGACACUUAUUAUCUGUAGUCGCUGAAUCAUUCAUAUAUAUUCUCGCGAUAUAUAAAAUAUAUUUCAAAAGAAGUCAAAAGAAAAAUGCAUCAAGAUGAAAUAUCAACAAAAGCAACAACAACAACAUCAAUUGAAAUUAAUUUUCAAAAUAUUAGUUGUUCAUUUAAAGAAAAUUUUCUAUCAAAAGAAAAAUGUGUCCUUCAAGAGGUGAGUGGAAAUUUUAAAUGUGGCGAAUUAACAGCAAUAAUGGGUCCAUCGGGCGCUGGAAAAUCAACACUACUCAAUAUUUUAACGGGAUUUCAAAAAAAUUUUCAAGGAAAUUUAAUCUAUCAAAAUGAAAAUGGUGAAAUGAGUUAUAAAAAUUUUAAAAAAUAUUCACGCUACAUACAACAGGACGAUGCACUCUAUUCAUUUUUUACUGUUAAUGAAACAAUAACAAUGGCCGCCGAAUUGAAAUUAGAAUGGAACAUUAGUAGAAAUGUGAAGAAAAAAAUAAUUGACGAUAUUCUUAGUUCUUUGGAUUUAAUAAAAACAAAAGAUACACUUUGUGGUAGUUUAAGUGGAGGUGAAAGAAAACGUUUUAGUAUUGCACUUGAAAUGUUAAAUGAUCCAUUGGUAAUGUUUCUUGAUGAGCCAACAACUGGAUUGGAUUCAUCGGCAACAAUGCAAUGUUCAAAAGUAUUGAAAAAUCUUGCAAAAAAUUCACGAACAAUUGUUUGUACAAUACAUCAGCCAAGUUCAACAAUUUAUGAAAUGUUUGAUCAUGUUUAUUUUAUUGCCGAGGGCCGAUGCAUUUAUCAAGGUGAUCCAAUGAUGAUUGUCAAUUAUUUAAGUGAUUUUGGUUUAAGAUGUCCUAAAUAUCAUAAUCCAGCUGAUUAUGUAAUGGAAGUGAUGUGCAAUGAAUAUGGUGAUUUUAAUUGUAAAUUAUCAAUGGGACAAAAUACAGAAAUGAAAAUGUUAACGUGGAGAAAGAAAAAUUAUAUAAACAAUAUUAAUAAUGAGAUGAAAAAUAAUAGUAGGGAAAAAAUUGUUCGCACAAUGAAUUCACCAUCGGAAUUAAUAAAAGCACGUGUAUUAUUAUAUCGUUGUUUAUUAAGAUUUUAUAAAGAUUGGCAAACAACAUUUACACGUUUUAUUAUGUAUUUAACGCUUGGUUUAUUAAUUGGUUUGACAUGUUUUAAUGUUGGUUUUAACGCUGAUAGAUUUCCCGCGAAUCUUGGUAUGAUUACAUUAGUUGGUAUUGUGUCAUUUUAUUGUAGUUUAUUGCCAGCUGUAUUGAGAUUUCCAUUUGAAUUGUUUAUAUUGAGAAAAGAGCAUUUGAAUGAUUGGUAUAAAAUACGAACAUAUUAUGUUGUAUUUGUUAUAACGAAUCUUGUAUUUCAAGCUGGUUUUGUUAUUAUAUUUUCGAGUACUGUUUAUGUAUUGAGUAAUCAGCCAAUGGAAUUAUUUCGUUUUUUUAUGUUUCACACGGUAUUAAUAUUGUUUGCGUUUAUUGGUGAAAGUUUAGGAUUAAUAUUGGGUACAUUAUUUAAACCGGUAAUGGGAAUAUUUGGUUGUAUUGUUGUUGGUUCUUGGCAAUUAUCAUUUUGUGGUUUUUUCAUUUAUUAUAAAGAUAUGGCGCCGAUAAUUGAGAAAAUAAGUCGUUUUAUAUUUACACGUUAUGUAAGUGAGGGUGCACUCAAUGGAAUUUAUAGUUAUAAUCGAAAAAAACUUGAUUGUCCGAGUGAUGUUAUUUAUUGUCAUUUUCGUGAUCCUAUUAUAUUUUUACGUGAAUUUGGUAUUAAUGAGCCAAAAUUUAUGACUGAUGUUGUUGUAUUAGCGAGUCAUGCGGCAUUUUUAUUUCUUGUUGCAUAUUUUUUGUUGAAAAAAAAGGUAUCGAGUGUUUGAAUAGUUUUGUAAAGUUUCUUUUUUUUUUUUACUUGGUAAUUAUAUGUAAUUAUUAAUUGUAAUUGUAAUUGUACUGAUAAGUAUAGAUAGUUUUCAAUAAAUUGUUAGUUUUUUUUAUUAUA